AUGGCUCGUGGCGCUGGGAAGCGAGCCAACAAACCGGCUGCCAGCGCGACUGCCCACACAAAACCACCUGCGAGUACUGUCACCGGGCCUCCCACCCCGUUUCAAUACGCCCCAACUUCGCUCAGACCCUUCCUAUCGACCCUUCCUACGGACCACAUAUACCUGGUUCACCUAGACCACACACCGCCGAGUCUCAAGAAACGUGUAUUCGCCGUCCCCGUCCUCCUUAAUCUGCUCAUCACGAUCGGACUCUGCAUUCGCCUCUACUAUGCCGUACCAAUCUACCUCGAACAAAUCAUUACCAUAUUCGGAUAUGACACUGCAUAUAAAAUUGACACUGCGACUGCGGGAGUGGGAGAACUUAUGAAUGCUGUCACGUCACGGACUGCCUUGCUCAUGCUCGACUAUGCAAUCUUUGGCUUGCUUGGAAGCUGGCCCAAGGAAUUUGUCUUUGGCAGCAGACUGUUGAGGUUCGUGGGCCCGUGGGAAUGGAGGAGAACCAUAGGCUUCAGGAGUACCGAAAUCAUUGUUCGCAGAGGCAGAAAAUGGGACACACCGUUGCUUGUUGGGGACACCCCAGAGGAGGUAAAGACGUGGAAUUUGGACGAAGAAUUGACCAUCAAAGUCAAAGUCGACCCAGCCAUGCGGACUGCGACUCUUGCGAAGACUGGCUAUCUACUCCUUGACAAGGAUUGGGAUCUCGACUUCAAAGCAAUGCUGGACGCACAUAGGCUGGUGGAGAAAGGUGCGAUCCAACUGAAGGACCUCGAAAAUCUAGCUCUGGUAUUUUAUGAGAAGCAAUGGCUUGUCUGGAAAGUCCAUGAAGCCCCAGACAUUACGGCCAAUGGACAGCAGCAGGACAGCACUGUGGAAAGAUUCAGACGCAUUCUUACAGAUCUUGGUGCUGAAAGCGUCUUCUUCCGUUGGAUUGAGAUCGUCCAGUUUGAAACCUCGCAACCUGGAGGGUUUACGCAAGGACGGCAGGCUGAAGCGAUCCGCGAACUGAGGGCUCGCUUGGAGAAGAAAGGGGUGGAUUACGCCAGAUUUUGGGAGGACAUAGGUGGUCAGGCUGGCCUUCCUGGUUUUGAUGUGCGAAAUCAAUGA